AUGUCAAUGGCUGCAUCUCACAUCCGAGCGUCCAUCUCUCAAUAUCAGAUGGAGGCUGCCCACACCCAGGAGCCUUCUGCUACUCGGAUCACGCACUUUAAAGCCAGGCUGCAAUGGGAGAUAGCUACUUUUGUGACUCCCAUCCUGCAGUACUCAGCUGCAAGGAACAUCAUUUCAGUUGUUCCGAGCCCGGUUGCUCAUAUUCUUCAGUUGAUUCCCAAGCUCACCUGGAACAUGGUUCCGGACCACAUCUUUUCAUCCCACCUAUGCCAGUUUCAAGAUGUUGCAGAUCUGGGGGAUCCCUCCCGCAUUGUAUCCACCUAUGGUACUCAAUGGUGGACUGGAUCAACUGCCAUCCCGAACGAAUUAUGGCCAUGGGAUCAGGUAUUCGCUAAUUGUGUCUGUCACUACCAGCAUUGGCUAUCUGGCAUUGAGGACGAACAUCUUGUUGUUCCCAAGCAGGUGGAUGAAAGCUCGCUUGCAACACUGAAGGCACUGAGGUGGAUGAGGGAACGCCUCCUGACAGUGAUUGAGGAUCAACAAGCUGGCAUCCGUGAAAAGAUGGCAGAGAUUCAGAUGUACACCGCCGUCCUAACCAAAUUGAACCCAAGGGGACCAGAGUAG